AUGGAAUGUGGAAAGAGCUUCACUGAUAGUGGAACACUUAGAAAGCAUCAAAGGACUCACACAGGGGAGAAACCAUUUAAAUGCAUGGAGUGUGGAAAGAGCUUCACUGACAGUGGAACACUUAGAAAGCAUCAACGGAGUCACACGGAGAAACCAUUUAAAUGUAUGGGUUGUGGAAAGAGCUUCACUGAUAUUGGAACAUUUAGAAUUCAUCAACGAACUCACACGGGGAGAAACCCUUUAAAUGCAUGGAGUGUGGAAAGAGCUUCACUGAGAGUGGAACACUUAGAAAGCAUCAAAGGACUCACACAGGGGAGAAACCAUUUAAAUGCAUGGAGUGUGGAAAGAGCUUCAUUAAUAGUGGUACACUUAGAAUUCAUCAACGGACACACAGGAGAGAAACCAUUUAAAUGCAUGGAAUGUGGAAAGAGCUUCACUGAUAGUGGAACACUUAGAAUUCAUCAACGGAGUCACACGGGGGAGAAACCAUUUAAUUGCAUGGAGUGUGGAAAGAGCUUCACUGACAGUGGAGGACUAAAACUACAUGAACGGACUCACACGGGGGAGAAACCAUUUCAAUGCAUGGAGUGUGGAAAGAGCUUCAGUCAAAGUGGAAACCUUAGAAUUCAUCAACGGACUCACACAGGGGAGAAACCAUUUAAUUGCAUGGAGUGUGGAAAGAGCUUCACUGACAGUGGAGGACUAAAACUACAUGAACGGACUCACACAGGAGAGAAACCAUUUAAAUGCAUGGAGUGUGGAAAGAGCUUCAAUAGAAGUGGACACCUUAGCAAACACCAUCGAACUCACAGAGGGAAAACCACUUACUUAUUUCUUACAAAACAUCAAUGGACUCACAAGGAGGAGAAGCUUUAA